GAUUUCAGAUAUGCUUGCACUGGAGAAUGAUUUCUUCAAUUCCCCGCCAAGAAAAACUGUUCGGUUUGGUGGAACUGUGACAGAAGUUUUGCUGAAGUAUAAAAAGGGUGAAACAAAUGACUUUGAGUUGUUGAAGAAUCAGCUGUCAGAUCCAGACAUAAAGGAUGACCAGAUCCUUAACUGGCUGCUAGAAUCAACCAUCAUGUACUUGACAAAAGACUUUGAGCAACUUAUCACUAUUUUGUUGAGGUUGCCUUGGCUGAACAGGAGUCAAACAGUGGUGGAGGAGUAUUUGGCCUUUCUUGCUAACCUUGUAUCAGCACAGACUGUCUUCCUUAGACCAUGUCUCAGCAUGAUUGCUUCUCAUUUUGUACCUCCCCGCGUGAUCAUAAAGGAAGGUGACAUAGAUGUUUCAGAUUCUGAUGAUGAAGAUGACAAUCUUCCUGCAAAUUUUGACACAUGUCACAGAGCCUUGCAAAUAAUAGCAAGAUAUGUCCCAUCGACCCCAUGGUUUCUUAUGCCAAUACUGGUGGAAAAAUUUCCAUUUGUACGAAAAUCAGAGAGAACGUUGGAAUGUUAUGUUCACAACUUACUAAGGAUUAGUGUAUAUUUUCCAAACCUGAGGCAUGAUAUUCUGGAACUUGUUAUUGAAAAGCUACUCAAGUUGGAUGUGAAUGCCUCCCGGCAAGAUAUUGAAGACGCUGAGGACACAGCCGCUCAAACGUGUGGAGGGACAGAUUCCACAGAAGGAUUGUUUAACAUGGAUGAAGAUGAAGAAACGGAACACGAAGCAAAGGCUGAUCCUGAGCGGCUCGAUCAGAUGGUCCAUCCUGUGGCGGAACGCCUGGACAUCUUGAUGUCUUUGCUUCUGUCCUACAUUAAGGACGUCUGCUAUGUAGAUGGUAAGAUUGAUAACAACAAAACAAAGGAUUUAUAUCGCGACCUGGUGACCAUCUUUGACAAGCUCCUGCUGCCCACACAUGCCUCCUGCCACGUGCAGUUCUUCAUGUUUUAUCUCUGUAGCUUCAAAUUGGGAUUCGCAGAAGCAUUUUUAGAACAUCUCUGGAAAAAAUUGCAGGAUCCAAAUAAUCCUGCCAUCAUCAGGCAAGCUGCUGGAAAUUAUAUUGGAAGCUUUUUAGCACGAGCUAAAUUUAUUCCUCUUAUUACAGUAAAGUCAUGCCUAGAUCUUUUGGUUAACUGGCUGCACAUGUACCUUAAUAACCAGGACUCGGGGACAAAGGCUUUUUGUGAUGUUGCUCUCCAUGGACCAUUUUAUUCAGCCUGCCAAGCUGUGUUCUACACUUUUGUUUUUAGACACAAACAGCUUUUAAGUGGAAACCUGAAGGAAGGUUUGAGAUAUCUUCAGAGUCUCAAUUUUGAGCGCAUAGUGAUGAGUCAGCUAAAUCCUCUGAAGAUUUGCCUGCCCUCAGUGGUCAACUUUUUUGCCGCUAUCACAAAUAAAUACCAACUCGUCUUCUGCUACACCAUCAUUGAGAGGAACAAUCGCCAGAUGCUACCAGUUAUUAGGAAUACAGCUGGAGGGGACUCGGUCCAAACCUGCACGAACCCCCUGGACACCUUCUUUCCCUUUGAUCCUUGCGUGCUUAAGAGGUCCAAGAAAUUCAUUGAUCCUGUUUAUCAGAUAUGGGAAGACAUGAGUGCCGAAGAGCUCCAGGAGUUUAGGAAACCCACCAAAAAGGAGAUGGUGGAGGAUGAAGAUGAUGAUUUUUUGAAAGGUGAAGUGCCCCAGAACGAUACCGUGAUUAUUGGAAUCACACCAAGCUCCUUUGAUGCGAAUUUCCGAAGUCCUUCCAGCAGUGUGGGCUCCCCGCCUGUGCUGUAUGUGCCAGACCAGUGCCCUCUGAUCUCGAGGAUUUGCGAUUGAGUCACAGCGUGGUUCCCGUCAUGUCUUUCAGUACCUGGUUCAGACAAUGUGGACUUUGCCUUGACCUAGAACGAGGACAUGCCUCAGCCGUCGUACUUCCGGCCUGGGUGUGAUCCAGUGUCUGAACAGACUUGCCUUUUUCCCUUUUUGCUCUUACAGACAAAAGGAAAAGGCUGACUGUCGUGCAAUAUUUUACAGAGAUACUGAUGAUAAAUGGUGAGGAUUUUGCUUAUUAGUUUAAUGUAUACUUUUUUCAUGUUUCAACUUUUUUGACAUAAUUAUGAUAUGAUUUCUAAUACUGUCAAACUGCUUUGACAGAUUGCUUCUUAACCUAGGUUUUUGUCAGAGCCACAGUCACAAGGACCUUAUUGAUCCGAUUUCACUGGCAAUUCUCUAGGAUAAACCCUUCAUUUUAAGACUGACUAGAAUGUCUUCAGGUUUGCGUUGGGUCCUCAGACAGGUGCAGAGAAGAUGGAAGGCAGGCAGGAGCUGGCCGGGGCUGGUCUGCGAGGCUGAGAGUUGGAGUUGGCACUGCAGGAGAUCUCUAGGACUCU